AUGGCUCUUAUUGCCGCCACACCUACAGAUGGUGUCGACUCAAUGUUUUCACAGAGGGUGCCGACUCCAUGUCUGCAACAUGAUGCGAAAUUUUAUAACAUGUUUAUUAUUUCAUCCUACUCUCUCAAUAUUGGAGGCGGCUGGGACGGCUGCAAAUUGAGGGCGGACUGUCGAUCCUCGACCAUCCAUCGUGGGUUCCCAUCUCGUUGUCGGCGAAAUCAGUUGGAAGAGAGAAGUAAGGCAGAUCAGCAACUAGUAUGGGUGUUUGGCUUUGAACCUUGUGGAAUGUGUGAUUUGAUUUUGCGGAUUCGGCAUAGUUUCUAUCGAUGGAGAUGGAGGGGGAACGUGUUGCAUGAGAAGAGGUUCAAGACGAACCAACAAAGUAGUCUGCACAAUCACAAUCACUUGAAGGAGUUCUCUUCUUAG